AUGUUAUUUAAAUCAUUAUUAAAAAUAAAUAAAAUAAAUAAAAUUAAUUCAAAUUCAAAUAAUAAUUUAAUUAAUAAAGAUAAUUUUAAAAAUGAAAAUGAAUUUAUUAAUAAAAACUUGAUUGAAAAUUUUCCAAGAUCAUUAACAUUUACACGUCCAAUUUGGGGUUAUUAA